GUUUAACAGAGGAAAAAGGUUUUCACGUUGGAGCCCAUAGUGAAUUUAUUUAAAGAACCCGCUGCUUGGAGACCCUUCUGCAGAGAUUGAAUCCUGCUCUUCACCAGUGUUUGCACUUCAGACUGUAAACAAUGAGCGAGUUCUGGUUGUGUUUCAACUGCUGUAUUGCAGAACAGCCUCAGCCUAAAAGACGACGGCGGAUUGACCGAAGCAUGAUCGGAGAGCCAACAAACUUUGUGCACACAGCUCACGUAGGAUCGGGAGACCUGUUCAGCGGGAUGAAUUCGGAUUAUUGCAUCUGUAGAGUAUCUAAAUUCGAUGCCAGGCAGGGAAGAGCACAGACGUUGUGUGUCGUUAUGUAUCGUCAGAAGGCAUUGCUGUCUUGGAAGGAGGAGAAAUGGUGCUUCUUUGUGCUGCUAGAUGAGAUUGCCUCCAAGGAGGGUGCUUUGGGAGUGCCACCUGGUCAGCAUGAGAAUUAG